GAUUUCGAAGAAUGUCCCAGCCUCACAGUCCACUUUGAUGAUGCGAGGCUCUUGCAGUUCAUCACUGGUACCCCUCACUGCAGGACUGCGAGUCCAGCCUCUUUCCCCCAGGAUUGAUGCCUCUGGUGGCUUUUUGGUGAGCGGGACGUGACGGGACAGCAGGACAACAUCUUUGGCCGAUGGGAAUACUCAGCUGCUCACCAUAGGAGAGAAAUCACACAAAAAUCAGAUUUUGAAUAAAGGGAUUUACUGUACUAACAUCAGCCCCGCUAAAGAAACCAGAUUUCUCUGAUUGUCUCCACGGGCGUAGCUUUUUAGGCAACCAUGUCCAGGAGAAAAGUGAGAGGCCUGACCCGUACGGGACGCCAGGUCAGCGAGGACCCUGACCUGGACAACCUGCUGUCCACCCUCUCCCCCGAGGAGGUGGAGGAGCUGGAGAAGGACAUGAUGAAAGUGCCAGACAUCAAGCCAGAGGAUGGGAAGAUCAUCGUCCAUGGGGAGAGCCAACCUGGGCAGCCACCUACGAGUAACAACGUCCGAGACGCUAAACAGGACAGCAAACGGGAGGGUGAUCCUAAAGGGAGGCUCAGUCAGAGGGAACAGUCAUUUGAGGGUGAGCAAAAGAAGGAGAGCCGGAAGCAGGAAUAUCUGAGGAAGAGGGGCCUGAGCCAGGAGGGGAACGACGACAUGAAAGUAGGGCUACGAAGACAAGCUAGUGUCUCAAGUGAAGGAGAUAUUAAAGUGGACAACAGAAACAGCAAAGGUCCUGAAAGUUCAAAAGAGGAGCGAAGUCGGCUUUCGAGUAGAUACAGGAAGCAGGAAAGCAGAGAGAGUGACGUGAAAGAUGAGACCAAAGAGAGAGAGAGACGUGAGGACAAUAAGGUAAGAGACAAAAGAGAAACCAGAGAGAGCACGGGUAGCAAAACAAAGGAUAUGAUCUCUAAGUUACAGGAAAAAAAGGAUGACAGCAGAGAGGAGAGGAAAGAAGACUUAAGGAGAAAAGAUGAAAGCAAAACCAAAGACAUUAUCUCAAAGCUGCGAGAAAAACACGAAAAGGAUGUCGGCAAGGAAAAGGAGAGGAAAUCUGAGAGUUUCAGGACGCAAGGACUCGUCUCUAAAAUGUUGGAGAAGCAGAGCAAGGCACAGGAGAGCCAGGCUCCGGAGAGUAAACCAGAAGAGAAGAAGCCUAAAGCAGAGGAGAAAAAAGCUGAAGAUAGAAACAAGCCUGAUGUCAAACUUGAGCGACAACCAUCUGAGAGGGGCGAGGUGCAGGUGAAACAUGACAAGGCGGAAAAAAGAACAGACAGAGAAGAGCUGGUUAACCACAGUGACCACGUGAAAGAGAAGGAGAAGAAGACUAGCACAGAGAAGAAAGUAGGGGAGACAAAGGAAAAAGAAGAUGUUAAAGGAAAAGCUAAAAAAGCUGAAGAAACUGAGAAAGUUGGUAACUGCGUGGCCAAAACCACCCCAAACAGCAAGGGGAAAGAGGAAGAGGAAGAGGAUGAAGACUCAAGCAUGUUUGAUGAACUGAUGGAGCAGGUUCGAAGCAACGACCCCUCCCUCGCUGAACUCAACGUCAACAACUCAGAAGUCAUCAAGACGAAAACGCUGAUUGAGUUUGCGGAGGCUUUGCGCAACAACACCAAUGUUAAGAAGUUUGCUUUGGCCAACUGCCGUGCAGACGACCACGUGGCUUACGCCAUCGCGGGCACGCUACGCAACAACAAGACUAUCACCAGCAUCAACCUGGACUCCAACCACCUCACUGGCAAGGGCAUCCUGUCUCUGAUCCAGGCUCUGCCGCACAACUCCACGCUGACCGAGCUUCGCUUUCAGAACCAGCGACACAUCUGUGGCGGGAAGACCGAGAUGGAGAUGACCAAGAUCCUGAAAGAAAACACCACCCUUCUCAAACUGGGCUACCACUUUGAGUUAGCUGGACCCAGAAUGACCACAACAAACAUACUGAGUCGAAACAUGGACCGACAGAGGCAGAAGCGCCUGCAGGAGCAGAAGCAAGCCCAGGCCAACGGGGAGAAGAAGGGAACGCUGGAGGUGCCCAAGAUGGGUGGUGGAGGAUCUCUGAGAAGCUCACCCAAAGCUUCCCCCAAACCUUCUCCCAUACCUUCACCCAUGCCAUCACCAAAGCUGACUCCUAAAAGAGGAGCCGGUGGAGGUCCGACUCCACCGCCACCUCCACCUCCUCCAGGGGGUGGACCUCCUCCUCCUCCGCCUCCUAUGCUGGAUGUAGACUCCCUGAGGAACUCUCUGACUCCGGUGUCGCAGAGGAAGCUGGAUGGAAAAAGCCCCGGCGGUAGUAAGAACUCAAGGGACCAACUGCUCGCCUCGAUCAGAGGAAGCGAUCUUAAACAACUCAAGAAGGUGCCGGUGCCAAAGUGGCUGCAGUAAUAUUUCCUGUUGGAAUAUAAAAUGAAAAAGAAGAGAGGGGAGAGAACAGACAUCUCACCACAGGUUUUCAAGGAGAUAAACUCUAUAUUCCCAGGGAUGCAGUCGAAGAACUGUGCUGUGGGACGGAUAGAGAAACAUGAGAUGGCCCACCGGUUGGAUGAAUAGCCCUCACUAUGAGUUCUCCCCUCAAACACUGGACCAAAAGGACUCUGUGGAGAAUGAGUGAUGUGGGACUCUCUAUUUGCCGACUGCAGAGAGCGCCAUGAGUUUUGUGGUUGUUUUGUCUUCAGUUCAUAUUGACGCUUCGCUGGUUAUUUGCACUAGAUAAUAUGAAGCUGAUCAUAUAAACAUGUUGGCUUGUGUAUGCAUCUGAAUGUGAGUGUGGUCGGAGUGUGCGAAGAGCAUAAUAAGAGAUUCAAAUAACUCUAUAAAAUUCUAAUAUACAAAAGUUUAUCAGCGAUAUAGUGGACAUUAGUUUGACCAUUUAUUUAUUUGUGGAGUUUGUGGGAAUCCAUCGUAUACUUGUUGUUAAGUUGUAAAUCUGUUCAAACUGGGAAUUCUGAAAUGGUGGAAAUAUCAGGGAAUUAACAAACAUGGCGGCCUGACUUAAGAAAAUCUGGGUAAGAAAAGAAAAAAAAAAAGGUCAAGGUGGUCUUUGAUUGUGUGUCUCAUUGCCAAAUCUCAAGACAUCUCAGGCAGGGUUUAAUAGAUUGGAAAGCAGCCCAGUGGGAUCCUGGUGCAUGACGGAAGAGUUUUAGCAUGGAAAUAAUUACAUAAUGCAUUUUUAUCAGGAAGUGCAAAUGGCUGCCCGUCAGUAUCCGAUGUUAUAUUUUGUACAGAAUCAUUGUAGCCUGGGUGUUUGAAUACCUUACAUAACUUGUAACGUAAUAACAUCGACAUGUCUUAACCUUAGGGGGGAUUUGGAAAACCAUUACUGGCUUACGUCAACCCUCCUGUUGAUUUAGGCCAUACUUUUAAGUGAAUGUCAUUUUCCAGAGGAAUUUAAUGUGAUGAACAAAAAUCUGAGUGGCACUCAUAUGUGUACUGUGUAACGAAGGACUCUCUGUCAUAUCUGAUUACACAUGCCUUUCUUACAGAGCCUGUAUGUCUUCAAUAAAAGAUUCUGGUAUGUUUGCA